CGGGAAGGCAGGGAGCUGUCAGUGUGGACAAACAGGUGCUGCGACUGCCGGGAGCACGCGCACAGCCCUGAAGGAGAGCGCCCCCAGCUUCGCCGAGCUACAGGAACUGUAAAACAUGAGAGGACGGUACAAACGAAAGGACCUGAAAGAAAGAAACGAUGGAACAGCCGACACCGCGGCUGGGCUCUCUCCUCCGCUCGGGGAAACCGCGGCAGGCUUGGCCGAGCCAAACACGCCUGUUCCCGGUUUCACUGUCCAGGAUGUGGGCGGUAGAAAAAAAGCAGGUGCAAGAUCCAUUUAUAAUGGUAACAAGGUCUACCUUGGAGUGCGUGUCAAAACACCAGUAAGGGAUCUUCUGAGAAACGUCCGCCUAGCCCAAGGCUUGGAACCUCAAGAUUGUCAGGGGACAUACAGCAAAACAGCCAAAGGAGCAAGGAAACGAGUCCAAGCUCGUACAAGAUGCCAAAGUAGCAAGAGAAAACGGCCCACAAAAAGCCUGGAGGAGCUGGCAAUCAUCAUUGAGGUGCUGGAGGAGGAUCUCAGGACCGGCAAUACCUACCACUCCCCACCACCGUCUUGGUCUCCACCUGGGUACAACAGUGACGAGUGUGAUGAGGUAAUCCCCAGCCCCCACUCCUACAUAACCUACUUCCCCUGCACAGCAGAGUACUACCAGGCCCAGUCACCUCCUGGCUUCAUGCAAACCAGCCUCCAGCCCUCCAGCAUCGGAAGCGGUGGAAGAGACAGUGGAGCAGGGGAGGAGUGGUUUGAUCCCCCGAGCCACGACUGGGACCUGAACAGCUCUUUCUUCUGGACACAGCUGCAGAAAGAGGAGUGCCAGCUGAAGGACAUCUCUGACGCUGUACUGCUGGCACCUGAUGGACAUGGCAGGACAGCUCUCCAUAAAGUGGCGUGUCUCGGUAAGAGGGCACUGGGCUACGCCAUUGCAAAAAGGAUGGCCUCACUCAACAGCCUGGACCUCAAAGACUCUGAUGGAAUGACCGCCCUCCUCCAUGCAGCAAAGCACAACCACCACCUGAUGGUAGCGGAUCUGAUCCAUUUGGGGGCAAACGUCAAUGAGACGAACAGCUCGGGAAAGUCCUGCCUCCACCUCACUGCUGAGAAAGGCUACAUCAGAGUCCUGGAGGUUCUAAAACACUCAAUGAUGGAAGGUGUGUAUGUGGACGUUGAAGCCGCCGAUAACUCUGGAAUGAGUGUCAUCCAGUGUGCUUCACUGGCUCUGAAAGCCACAGUACGUGAGCUGGAAAGCAGUAAAACCCCCAAUCACACCAGACUCAACACGCUGCGCCAAGAGCAGAUGAUGGAGACUCUGGAGUGUCUGCUACAGAUGGGCAGCUACCUGCAUAGCAUGGGGAGCUGGAGUAUGCAAUCAAGUAUUGCUUGAUUACUCUGCACGUCCGCCCGGCAGGACAUUUUGAGACCCGACGGUACUGUUCUGAGUUGUUCAGGCUUGAAUUUGUCAUGGAGAGGGACCAUAAUUAGUGGGGUUCUUUCUCUCUCUAAACAUGUGUUCAGGCCUGCUAAGUAAAGCAUCUGAUGUUAUGUGUGUGGUAAAAAUGCCUGACUUGCAAUCAGGUUUUUAUUGUAACCUACACAGAAAUGUUUGGUGCCCAUUAAUCGGUUUCUGUGAAACUUCCAUUGUUUGUUACAUUACAGUAACAAGUUGUCCUCAGGGUGUUUUAAGGAUCCAGUGAUAUCCAGUGAAAAGCCUGGUCCCCAAAUAAACUGUCGAGCGGGGAAGUGAUCUAAAACACAAGGUUUUAGGUUAUAUUGUAAUAUUAAGGCAACAGUACCACAGUUUUUAUCACUGAAUAUAUUACAAAAUGUCCGGUCAAUAGAUACAUGCAUAAAGAUUAUUCUCUUGCAAGAACGGGAUGUUUCCUCUCCCCACUGGGUUCCAGCUAGAUUUAUAGCCAAAAAGAUUUAGAGCCAUAGUAUUUAUAUAUUGGAUCUUCUAAAAGUCUUGUAUACUAGAGGACAUUACAAGUUUUAGUUAGCAUUAGGGCUGGGCGAUAUGGCCCAAAUCUUCUAACACGGUGUAUGUUAUAUCAUGGUAAUGGUAUUUAUCACUAUACAGUAAGUGUUCUGUAUGCAUUUAUGAAAUGGUUUAUAAUAACCAUACUGUACCGUAUUUCAUCGCAUUUGAUUAUUUUAGAACUCGUCCUGCUCUGUAUUUACAGUUUCACUCUCCUCCGUUUUUUCUUGUCACUCUUUUUCUGUGCGGCUGGCAAACCAGCUUAGAGGUGCAUUACCUCUGCUUACCACAUACUCAUGUCACGUGAGAACUUGGUAAGCAGUCCUGCUGUCCAAAUCCCCCUUGCCUUGUGAGGCAGCUGGAUUCACAAGACCUCAUGGAAAUCCAGCCCUGAUUUGCUACAGUCUGCCCUGAAUAUAUAGCAGAAGCACUAAGGGAUAAGUUUCCGCAGUGGAAACAGUUUUGCCAAAUUUCUACCAGUGGACGCAUGUUUACCAUGGCACGGUUUAUACUGUCAUAUCGCCCAACCCUUGCAAGCACUGUAUGGUGUCUUGGAGUAAAUACUGCAUAUGUUCAUGUUGUAAACUUUGAACUGUGGUCUGUCUUUGACAUGUUUUUAUGAAAUUUUUUUUAUUUUAUUUUUUUUAUGCUUAAAGGAAUACUUGGGCAUUUUGGUAAAUGCACCUUUACUGGGAGUAAGAGGAGUUGAGUUAAAUCACUUUGCGUUCUAUAGAGAAGCAUUCAUAAUGUGUUUAGCCUAGCUACCUUAGCUCGGUGACCGGAAGCAAGGGAAAGCACAAGGUCAAAGGUGCAUUCCAACACAUCCGAAGAAGUCUCAAAGUACACAACAACAUGUAAACUUUUGUGCUAAGCCAGGCUAAACAUGUUCUGGACCGUCUCAAGUGAACCUCAGAUUGCUUAAAGUCAUAUGACCUAUGCAGUCACUAAUGUACUUACUAAGAUGUUUAUUAAAUGUGGCGGUGGGCAACAACUACAAGGAUAACGUCACAAUAAUGUAGCUGCAAGCGAUAACAUGGUGGAUUUAUAGAGGGACAAAGGGAGCUUUUUUCAAUUACUUAUAAUGAUGUGAGUAUUUUGAAGUGAUAGUCAACAAGUGGUAUGAAAUGCAUUGGCUUAGAAAAAACCAUGGUCACAUAAAGAACUUUCUAGUAGCAAAGACUGGUUUAUAUGUAUGUUGUUAAACAACAACAAUUAUUUACUGAUUCAAGAGUUAAAUAGUGGUAUCCUACUGCAAGUAGUUAUUUACUGAUGGACAAGUGACCUAGUUGUGUUAUUUAAAAGUAUCUUACAUUCAUUUAUGGUAUCUUGCUACGUAUGUGGGGGAUUGUGUUGUAAUGGAAGAAGUCAAAUCAAUAUUCUUCUGAAAGUUCAAUUGAUCACUUGGGUGUUUAUUUUACCCUGCAGGGAUGUCAUAGUUUAUCCACUUCAAGUGAAAAAAGAACUACUGUUAAAGCUUUUACAGUGGGACCAUUGUUACAAAACCUUUUCUUUUGUAUUAGAAUAUAAAGGGGUUGGGGAUCUGGUUCCUGUAUGUAUUGGAGUAUUUUCUGUAUUCAAAGCUGUAGAGGGGGGGGAAGUGUGGGUUUACUUUAGAAAACUCAUCAUUCAUUGUGUGAGUCAGUUUUCAACUUCAAACAUGUCACCAUUAUUACUCUCAGGUUGUGUUUUUUCUGGCACAAUAAUUCAUUUAAUCUUUGAUGAAUUACGCAGAUACUUCAGACAGAUAGUCUAAGGCUGAAUUCAGACCAAAUCCGGCGUUUCAGUGAAAGGCAGCAGGGUAUUGUAGGCGUGUUUAUUUGUGCUUAGCCGCUGUGAAACAAUAACAUUUUAUUUCUGACUUAUCUUUCUUGUUACCGGCACUCCCUUUUCUCAUUCACUCUCUUGGUCACUCAACCACCGCACGCUCUCUCGCUCUCGCUGGGGUUUUUUAUCAGCACCCCCUCUGGCCUCCAUCACAGCCUGAACAGACUACCCCUGUUCAAAAAAUAUAAGGGUACCUGCAGUUUCACCUCAGCAAUUUGGUCUGAAUUCAGCCACAAUUUUUCUGAAUAAAAAUAUCGAAUGAAUUGCAAAAUAAGUCAUUUAAUCAUCUAAAUUGAAAAAAGUGCCAAUAAACAAGUUUUUAAUUCUUUUUGCUCUGCUCUUAAGAACAUUAAAUUGUGCACAGAAAUGUAACUUCAGCAGCAGCAUGUAAAAACAGCAGUUCUUUAAUGAUUGACAUUGGUGGUGGGUAUUGGUUGUCAUUAUCACAAAUCAUGCUUCUGGAACCAUAUGCAAAUAUUCAUGUUAAAGAUUCAAUAAACUUCAUUAAACAUU